AUGAUAGCUGUGACACUAGUACUGCUUGCAGUCUUUGUAAAAGCUGAAGAUACUAUUUGCAAAAUGCUGCAAACCCAACCAGAUGAACCUCUCUUUGCAAAAGAUGGUGACAUCAUAAUUGGAGGAAUUUUUUCUUUUCAUAACAGCAUAGCAGAUGAGAAACCUAUGUUUAAGGAAAUGCCUGGGCCCUACAAAUGUAAAGAUUUUAAUAUUAAAGAAUUUCUCUUUGCCAAAACAAUGGCUUUUGCUGCUGAAGAAAUUAACAACAAUUCAAAUAUUCUUCCUGGAAUUUCUAUGGGUUAUAAAAUAUAUGAUGACUGCAGUUCAGUUCCUUUAGCAAUGAAAGCAGCAAUGGCUUUAGUAAAUGGCCUAGAAAAGUCAGUAACCAAUUUUUCAUGCACUAAACCUUCAAACUUUUAUGCAAUUAUAGGAAUGUCUGAUUCAACGCCAACCAUAGCAGUUACAACAUCUAUUAGAUCGUACCAUAUACCAGUGAUAAGUUACUAUUCCACAUGUGCAUGUCUCAGCAAGAAACUGGACUUUCCAACUUUCUUCAGAACUAUCCCAAGUGACUAUCACCAAAGCAAAGCCCUGGCACAGCUUGUAAAGCACUUUGGAUGGACUUGGCUUGGAGCAUUAAGCAGUGACAAUGACUAUGGCAAAGCUGGAAUAGCAGCAUUCAUAGAAGCUGUUCAGAAAGAAGGCUUAUUUAGAAGAUCUGAUAAAAGAGCUUUUCCUUCAGAAUGUCACCAGCCUUCAGUGGAUAGGAAGUGA